AUGGAUACUCUAACAAGCACCGCUGAUGUUCCGCCGGAAUUCCUAAAGUCUGCAUACCUUGUAGGGAAAGUCCCAAGACGAGCCUUGGCAUCAGAACCUCGUGUCUCUUACGAUCUCUACAUCCCGCCUGAUCCUUACAGGUUCAUCUCGAUAGCCCAAAGCAAAGACGGGUCGCACACUCCUCCUCAAAAGCUUCCGUUAUUGGUAUUCAUACAUGGCACUCUGCGUGAUGAUUGCUAUGUCGAUAGAGGACUUGUUCCCUUUGCUGAAUCCACGCCCUGUGCCGUCAUGGCGCCGCUUUUCCCAGCCGGACUUGACGGCCCAUUUGACUUGGACUCAUACAAGUUACUUCGAUCUCGAACACUGCGAUCGGAUUUGGCGCUCUUGGGCAUGCUAGAUGAGGUGGCUCAUCGCUGGCCGGGAAUCGACGCAACUAAAAUAUUUCUCAUGGGAUACUCGGGCGGUGCUCAGUUUGUGCAUCGAUUCCUCUAUCUUCACCCUGAACGUCUGGCAGCAGCCAGCAUUGGAGCUCCAGGGAGCGUGACUGUCCUAGACACCUCAAUGAAGUGGCCUGCAGGCACGGCAGAUGUGGAACAGCUCUUCGGCGUCUGUAUCAAUAAGGAUUUGAUCAAGCAGGUACAGAUUCAACUCGUCGUAGGUGACUCUGAUACCGAGAUUCACGGCGGAGAAGAAUUUUGGACCUGGCUACGGAAGUUGCGAAUAGCUUCCAGUGCCAAGUUGUUGGAAGGCGUACAGCCGCGCACAGCGUCGAAUGGACUACAACACAAAGAGAUGGUGAAGAAUAGGCUGGAUACUCUGAAAAGACUGCAGACUCUGUGGAGAGAAGAUGGGAUUAAUGUCCAAUUUGACAUUGUAGAGGGUGCGAAGCAUGAGGGUCAUAAAUGUCAAGGUCAUUCGUUAAAGUUUUUGGACUCGCUGAUGCGUAAAUGA